CCGGAGGGAUGGAGGCUCUUCUGCGGCGGGAGCUGGGCACCUCGGCGCUGCGGCCCGCAGGCCACUCGGGGGGCGGCUGCAUCAGCCACGGCGAGAGUUUCCACACGGACCAGGGCCGCGUCUAUGUGAAAAUCAACUCCCGCGCUGAGGCCAGAAGGAUGUUUGAUGGAGAAAUGGAAAGUUUAACAGCUAUCUUGCAAACCCAGACAGUAAAGGUUCCUAAACCUAUAAAAGUUAUUGAUUUGCCAGAGGGAGGGGCUGUUUUUGUGAUGGAACAUUUGGAGAUGAGAAGCUUGAACAGGCAUGCAGAAAAACUUGGAACACAACUGGCAGAUCUUCAUCUUCACAACCAAAAACUUGGGGAGAAGUUGAACAAAGGUGCAAGCACCAUUGGUAAAGUUGGAGAACAGACAGAUGUUCAGUUUGUAGAAAAGUUUGGGUUCCACACGGUCACUUGUUGUGGUUACCUUCCACAGGUGAAUGACUGGCAACAGGACUGGGUGACUUUCUUUGCCAGACAGAGAAUUCAGCCUCAGAUGGACAUGAUUGAAAAGAAUUCAGGAGACAAGGAGGCAAGGGAGCUUUGGGCACAGCUACAGCUGAAGAUACCCAGUUUGUUUGGUGAUAUGGAGAUAGUUCCUUCUCUUCUACAUGGGGACCUGUGGGGAGGAAAUGUGGCCGAGGAUGAUUCUGGCCCUGUUAUCUUUGAUCCUGCAUCUUUCUACGGUCACUCUGAGUAUGAGUUAGCAAUUGCAGGGAUGUUUGGUGGCUUCAGUGGUUCUUUUUAUUCUGCCUACCACAGUAAAAUCCCCAAAACGCCAGGUUUUGAGAAACGGCUCAAGUUGUACCAACUAUUCCACUACAUGAACCACUGGAAUCACUUUGGAGGAGGGUACCGAGGCUCCUCUAUAAAUAUAAUGAGAAACCUGGUGAAAUGACUUUCUACUGUGGAGUUUUA